CGUUCUCUCCGUUUUUUUCAUUUGUUCACACCCGCUUUUGCGCCCAUCCCAAAUCUCGAUCAAUCAUUUCUCCCUCCACCGCCGAGUAUGUGUAUAUAUCAUCUCCUUCUCUGUGAAAUGUGAAUCAUCGUCUCAAAAGAAGACAACGUUUCAAAAGUAUUGGGUCUAAGAAAAAAACCAAUUCAUCGCGAGGCCUUUUGAAUUCCUUCUUUCUUACUGAAGAACGUGAAUGGAUGUGUAAAUACCUUGGAGUGAGACUAGCAGAUACAGUAGAGUCCUGGAAGUGGUGACCAUGAAAGGUUAUUCGCUCUUUUAUGUCUUCGUUGCUCUCAUCAUUUCCAUCAGUUCGAAGACAGCUGAUUCUGUGCGAUCCAGAGACCCUUUAGAAGCCAUUCUUGGCAAAGAAAACUUUGGCUCUUGGACUGUUAGAGAACUGAAUGCCGCAUUGGCUCAAGCUCCAGCUCCAGCCAAUCAGGGACUUAAUUGCACACUCUUAUUGGCAGAGGAUAGGACACGGAGACCGGACAUUCUUUCUAGGUUUCAUAAAUACCGAGGUGGAUGGGAUAUUGUGAAUAAACACUACUGGGCUUCUGUUGGGUUUACCGGUGCUGCUGGUUUCAUUCUUUCUGUACUAUGGUUUGUUUCUUUUGGAUUGGCCCUCAUGGUGCAUCAUUGCAUUGGAUGGAGGAUUAAUUUCAAGGCCAAUGAAUCACACUGCUCUGAUAGUAUUUGCCUAACUCUUCUUAUUGGCUUCACGUGCAUUGCUGCGAUUGGAUGCAUUCUUCUUUCUAUCGGACAGGAUAAAUUUCGCGUUGAAUCCUUGGAUACUCUAAAAUUUGUUGUAACCCAAUCCGACUAUGCUGUGCUUACUCUGAGAAAUGUGACACAAUACUUGAUACUUGCAAAAACAGUUAAAGUGGCCCAGAUUUUUCUUCCUUCCAAUGCCAUAGCUGAUAUUGACCGGGUGAAUGUGGAUUUAAAUGAUGCAGCAAAUACACUUGAGGAGAAAACAAAUGUCAACUCGGGCAGAAUAAGACGAGUCUUCAAUCUUGUUCGCAUGGCAUUGAUCACAGUUGCAGCAGUGAUGCUUUUAAUUUCUCUUUUUGGUCUAUGCCUAUCUAUCAGAGGUCAUAAACACACAAUUCAUAUAUUCAUUAUUAGUGGAUGGCUUCUAGUAUCUGUAACACUUGUUCUCUGUGGAGUUUUUGUCAUCAUUAACAAUGCAAUUUCAGACACUUGUGUAGCCAUGGGAGAAUGGGUGGACAAUCCCCGAGCAGAAACUGCUCUUAGCAACAUCCUUCCUUGUGUAGACCAGAGAACAACAAACCAGACGCUGAUAAAGAGCAAGCAAGUCAUUGUCGACAUUGUAAAUAUCGUCAAUGGAUUUGUAGACACGUAUGCAAAUUCGAAUCCAAUGGAUCUGCACAAUUCUAUUUUCUACAACCAAUCAGGGCCGCUGAUGCCUCAUCUAUGUUAUCCUUACGACUCCCAGCUGCUGCAAGACCUUCCAUGUCCGGCGCAAGACGUUUCCAUGGAAAAUUCAUCAUUGGUUUGGCACAAGUACACCUGCAAUGUUUCAGAGGCCGGUUUGUGCAGCAGCGUAGGGAGACUUUUACCUGACAUGUACAGGCAGCUAGCAGCAGCAGUCAACAUCAGCUAUGCUCUGGAACACUACGCCCCACCAAUGCUGGACCUGCAGAACUGCAAUUUCGUGCGCGAUGCCUUCAGAAAUAUCACCUCCCAUCAUUGCCCCCAACUGGAAAGCAACCUCCAAACCGUGAAUGCUGGUCUGGCUAUGAUAUCAGUAGGGCUCAUUCUUAGCCUUGGACUUUGGUUGGUGUAUGCAAACCGCCCCCAAAGGGAGGAAGUGUUUGUGAAGCUCUACAAGACUAAGGGAUGGUUCCUGUGUUAAGCAAGAAUUACAAGUCUCAGUUCCAAGGACCGCCGCAGGGUUAGACAGACUCCCUCAUCGCCCUAGCAGUGGAAUAGAAGGCGAUUGGCAGCAAUGGUAGGUAUGUGAAAGUGAAUAUUCGUGGAGUGGGACAUCCCAUGAUCUCUCUCGCAAGCCAUUCCCAGAAUGGGGCGAAGCACCUCUAUUCCAUAGGGCGGCUAGAAGCCACAUCGGUUUGAAGACUUACUUAUUGUAUGGUUUAUUUUCGUUGUUGAUCUAGUUUACUUGAUGCCUGCCACAAUGGAGGAGGUAUAUGGUACAAUUGCUUGUACUAAUAGGUACAUAUGGGGUACUCAUUCUGAAGUAAAGUAGUACUCAUUCUCACACAAACAUAACGGUUCAUUUUUACAUAACGUGGUACUCAUUCUGAAAUAACGUAUUACUCAUUCU